AUGCGUGAUCAGAAAGCCUCGCUCCUGGCGUAUGAAGGCGUGAAUAACAACGAGAAUCCGGAGGAUGCACUCGAGCUUUUCAAAAUCUCGGUCUACGUCGCUCUCGAUGACAACUUGGAAGACUUUUUCGUUCCCGGAGAAACCAGCGACAAUCUCAGUGCCAUCUCCAGUUUCAUAUGGCGGGUCCCACUAGUUCACCAAUACGCGACCAAAAGCCUAGCGAAAACAUACCACCAGCUCCCACUAGAAGCACGCUAUGCUCAUCUAGACUGGUCCCAAGUUGAUCCACAGAUACUGCUGAACGAUAUUCAGAACGUCAAAGGCCUGCAGCCUGCAGACUUCUGUGCGAUACUCGAUUCAUCCUGGGAGACUUCUUUGGAAAACUUCGCGAAAAGAUACUCGUACGUUUCUUCAACCCGCCUUGAUGUCAGUGAGCAAUUCCCCUGGAGGAAACUUGCGCGGUGGAUACUUCGGGGAGUAUCGUUGGAAAGGCUAAGCAUGAAAACUUUUGAAAACUGGGAGGGGAAUCAUCUCACGGCACUCUUUUCUGCUUUAUUUUUGAUCAAAAGGAGUCCUCGGAUGUGCGAACGUGACACAUCCGAGUUCUUGUCAAUGUGGCUGGAAGAUGUGCAGUCCUCAGGUAAAGACCUUGCAAAAUAUGGCAGCCAAGAGAAGGAAAUUUUCAUGGGCGAUAAAUUGCUGCAGGAUCGACGCUUGGAUGUCUUGUUUGACUACUCGUUCCCAAAAAUAUCUUGGACCGGUAUGCGGCUGGUAUCUUUCACGUAUGGGCCCCAGCCUGAAGAUUGGAAGCUUGUAUGGGGUUUGGAGGCCGAAGAAUAUGCCGGCGAUUUUUGGUACCUGGUUGAGAACCCGCCUUUGCGUAUUCCGGGAGGAUGGGUGGAAGAUGACUAG